AAGAUUAGCAUAUUACUGUUGUUUUAUUAGCACUAUGCCCAGCACGGCUGCUGCCAAGGGCUGGGUUAAGCCAGAGCUGCGAGUGUCCAUAAUACGGGUGAAGCAUCUGAAGGAUACAGGUGUUCAUGCAGUAGAGGUACAGCUGGAUGGUCAGGAGUCUAAGAGGACGGCGUGGGUUGAUGGUAACGAUGAUAAGGAGUUCAAUAGGGAGGCAGGCUUCUUCCUGAAGGGGGACCAACAGGAGAACAAUACUGACUUUUGGAACAGAGCUUUUGUACACGUGACGCUCAUUCGCCAGAGGACUUUCCGGUCGGAUAAGGAUGUUGCUGCGUGUCACCUCAGCAUGAAAGUGAUUCGGAAAUACGGCGUGGUUCGGGGGUGGAUACCGUUAAUGCACGAUAAUGAGUAUGUAGGGGAAAUGCUCGUUCGGGUGAAGCUGCAGGGCGUAGACCGGUGGAAAGACCGCGAGAAGGGCCCGGCCUCAGAAGCUGUAUUCAAUCUGCCUCUAAAUGGUUACGCUGAAGUACAUUACUAGUUACUGUUAGCUUCGCUUCGCUAGGC